UCCAGGCAGGCUAGGAAAGUGAGGAAUAACAAGGCUCUAACCUCCUGUCUCUAGUCAAGCUCUUUUGAGCCGGAGUGUGGGAAGUGGAUAUGGGAGAGCGGCAUGGAUGGUUUGAGACCAACCAUGCAAGAUUAGACUGCCAAACACAUUGAAGCCAUCUCCACAGCCCCUAAAUCCUCUCUCUUUCUCUCUCUCUUCCCCCUCGCGCAAAAAAUGGAGGGAACCCUCUUCCCCAACCGGCCAACGUUGCCAACCCAAACCACAAAACCACCUCAAAAACCCUCAAAUCAUCCCACGAGAUUCAACCUUUCCCUCCCCCCUCCUCCCCCCUCUCCCUCCAAGUCCAUUCCCUUGGACUCCCUACUCCAACACCUCACCGAAGAGAAUCGCACCACCCCGUCCCAUAAAAAUCCCACCUUUCCUUCCUUGGAGCUCGCCCUGUCGUCAAUUCACGAGGAGAAGCCCUCCCCGGCCUCCCUGCCUCGGCUCGGCAAUGGCGAAGAGGGCUUCCGAGGAGGCCUACAGGACCGCCGCCUGGAAUUCCUCUCCAGAAAAGGCAAGUCUUUGCUCAAUUCCAUCAUCAAACAGCCUCUCCCCGCAUUGAAUUCCUAUCUGGAAUCGGCAAAAGAUGAGAUUUUUGGCCUGGAUUUGAUCAGCCUUUUGAAGGGGCUCGAGCGCUCGGGGAAUUGGGAGAGAGCCCUCCUCUUGUUUGAAUGGGUCGCCUCCAAUCCGGACGUCAGAGGAGCCAAAUUAGAUGCCCCGGCAAUCGAAGUCAUCGUUCGGGUGCUGGGCAGACAAUCCCAGCAUUCCAUUGCCUCCAAGCUGUUUGAUUCUAUUCCACUGGAGGACUACUGUCUUGAUAUCCGUGCGUACACUACCUUGCUCCAUGCCUAUUCCCGGGCAGGCAAGUACGAUAGAGCCAUUGCCUUAUUUGAACAGAUCAAGGAGAAAGGACUAUCGCCCACCUUGGUCACCUACAAUGUAGUGCUUGAUGUAUAUGGUCGCAUGGGCCGGUCUUGGAAUAGGAUAUCGGCCCUUCUGAAUGAGAUGAAGAGCAGCGGGGUGGCUUUCGAUGAGUUCACUUGUAGCACUGUCAUAUCGGCUUGUGGAAGGGGAGGGCUGUUAGAGGAGGCAUCAGAGUUCUUCAGACAAGUUAAGUCUCAGGGCUUUGUUCCAGGGAUUGUCACGUAUAAUUCUCUGUUACAGGUGUAUGGGAAGGCAGGAAAUUAUACCGAGGCACUGAGUGUUUUGAAGGAAAUGGAGGAUAAUAACUGCACCCCAGAUGCUGUUACUUUCAAUGAGCUCGUAGCAACAUACGCUAGAGCUGGUUUCUAUGAAGAAGGGGCAGCCGUGUUAGAUAAGAUGACUAAUAAGGGUAUCAUGCCCAACUCUGUUACGUACACCACUGUUAUAAAUGCCUAUGGUAAGGCUGGAAAGGAGAAUGAGGCUCUGGCUUUGUUUGAUCGAAUGAAGAAGUUGGGUUGCGUUCCAAAUGUGUGCACAUAUAAUACUAUUCUCGGAAUGCUUGGGAAGAAAUCACAGUUGGAAGAGAUGUUGAACAUACUUUGUGAGAUGAAGUCUAAUGGGUGUGUCCCCAAUAGGAUUACAUGGAACACAAUGCUGGCAAUGUGUGGUAAAAGGGGUAUGGAGAAGUAUGUGAGCCAGGUGUUUGGAGAGAUGAAGAACAGAGGGGUUCAACCUGAUCGUGAUACCUUCAACACUCUGAUCGCUGCAUAUGGCCGGUGUGGGUUGGGGACUCAUGCUUUGAGGAUGUAUGAUAAGAUGGUUAGGGCUGGCUUUAGCCCUUGCCUUACUACCUACAAUGCACUAUUGAAUGCGAUAGCUAGGAAAGGUGAUUGGGUAGCUGCAGAGUCUGUUAUGCAAGAUAUGAGGAACAAGGGCUUCAAGCCUAAUGAACUAUCAUAUUCUUUGUUGCUCCAAUGCUAUGCAAAGGGAAAACACAUCGAAGGGAUUGAAGCAAUGGAAAAAGAAGUUUAUGAUGGUCGGGUCUUCCCAAGCUGGGUGAUCUUACGAACACUUGUGCUUGCCAACUUCAAGUGUAGAUUGUUGAACGGCAUGGAGAAAGCAUUUGAGGAACUGAAGAGGAAUGGGUACAGGCCUGAUUUAGUUAUCCUCAAUUCAAUGAUUUCAAUCUAUGCAAAGCAUGGGAUGUAUGGCCGGGCUCGUGAUAUGCAUGAUUUGAUCCAUCAGAGUGGGCUGCAGCCUGAUCUCAUCACAUAUAAUAGCUUAAUGGACUUGUAUGCCAGAGCUGGAGAGUGCUGGGAAUCAGAAGAUAUGCUGAGGCAACUUCAAAGGUCAGGAAUUAAACCAGAUGUAGUUUCUUAUAACACUGUGAUCAAUGGAUUUUGCAAGCAAGGGCUCAUGCAUGAAGCCAUGAGGAUUCUGUCAGAGAUGAUGGCUAAAGGUAUUCCUCCUUGCUUGGUGACUUAUAAUACCUUCAUUGGUGGUUAUGUGAAUUUGGAGAUGUUCAGUGAAGCUAGUGAUGUUAUCAGCUACAUGAUGCAGCACGACCACAAGCCUACUGAACUGACAUAUAGGACUAUGGUUGAUGGUUACUGUAAAGCAAAAAGAUGUGAAGAAGCCACGGAAUUUGUAUCCAACAUUUUGCAAGUAGACCCAUCUUUCAAUGAGCAGUUGGUGCAUAAGCUUAUUCGCCGCGUACAGGAGAAUGUUCAGUCAUGGCAACGAUCCAGCUAAUCUCUCCUGGUAAAUGAGAUUAUUGAGAUGCAGCAGUGCACAGCUGAUUAAGUGCUACCAUUUGUUCAUAGUUUUUGUUAUAUAAAACUUUUCUUUGAGAUUUAAGUGCCUGUAAAACCAAUGUCGACCUGUUCACAAUCAUGAUCUGGAAUUGUUAUUGGUUCAGUGUUGAACACUUUUCUGGAUAUAUUGUAUGAGUUUAAUAUUUCUAUA